AUGGCGCUGAAGAGCUCUUGUAACAAUUCUCGUUUAGCUUACUGCGAAGGAGAGGAAAAAAGCAAGCAACAAGAAGGAAGUGCAAUGGCGACAUUGGAUCGCCAACUACCAAAUCCGGAUACGUUCCUGUGCAAACCUUGGUCAACUUUUAUCAGCGCAGCAAAAUUACACUAUUCUGACAACUCACUCGUCGAAAACCGCUUGAAAGAGCUGUACAACAACUGGGACGGAACUAAACUCAGUAAAGAAGAGAUGCACGUGUUUGGCCAGUUUCCCAACCAGGAGGAUUUCUGUCUCGUYGUCUGCAAUGUCUGCAACCAAGUGGUCAAACCCCAGGGCAUCCUCACGCACUACGAGCGUCGGCACGGCUCCCCGUGUCCCUCCAGGGGUCCAGUGGCCUCUGUGAAGCCCAAUGUGGCAGUGUCCCCCACCCCGGGUCCUACUCCCCCUCUGCCCUUCAGGGUCCCCAGAGACUACCCCCACUCCCGCUUCAACAAGGCCCCGCUCGCUGUCUACCCUCCCAAGGGUGUCCGCAGCAAGACAUGUGUGUCGUUGCCAGUAGUGAGUCUGGAGAAGAUGCCAUAUCUGGGCCGGGCAGAGGGAGGAACACACGUCAGAGUCCACUGCUUUUCUUCCACCCCCACCCCCUCCUGCUCCUCUCCCUCCUCCCUCCUCCCCUCCCUGACCCCCCCAGCUCCCCUCAGGGGGUCUCAGGAAAAGCUGGUGAACGGCCACGGCCCAACCACCCCUUGCUCCACCACACCCCCCUCCCUGGUGGACCGCCGGCCCAGCCCGGCCCGCUCUCCCACAGACCGCGGACCCUCCGCCUCCCCCUCUCCCUCCCCUCGGACCCCUGCAACCCCCUCCCCCCUGGACAGGAAACAGCAGAAUGGAACCAAGACCCCCAGGCCUCACAGGAGACUGUCAGGGAGGGUGUUUGACCCUAACAAGCACUGUGGAGUCCAGGACCCGGAGAGCAAACGAUCCUGCACGCGAUCACUUACCUGCAAGACUCACUCCCUGAUCCACCGGCGGGCCRUCCCAGGCAGGCAGAAAGAGUUUGAUAUCCUCCUGGCGGAACACAAGGGCAGAGCGAAGGAGAAAGAKAARGMGGRAGGGCAGAGGAGGGAGUYACAGGGGGGYAGUCAGAGCAGCCCUGCCAAUGACACUACCCCCUCCACCCUGCCCCCCCACUGCCACAAUGGCAGAACCGYCUCUACUCUCAAACUGCGGCUGGCUAAUGCACACAUACCCAGGGUACCAGGUGGUGGGGGCGCUGCUGUCCUAUCCUCCUCCCCCGUCCCCCCAGCCUCAACCCAGGACCCCCCAGCCCCUGUCUGGCAGAGGGCAAGAGAGGACAGGGACGGUCGUUUGUCCAGUUAUGAGGGCGACCCAGGAACACCGGAGGACCCUGACAGAGACAUAGACGGAGACCGACCAUCCUGCCACUACUCCCCUCACCACCCWCGACCGCUGGGGGGCUGCGCGUUCAGCAGCAGGCUGAUGGGACGUGGUCACUAUGUGUUUGACCGGCGGUGGGACAGGAUGAGGCUGGCGUUACACUGCAUGGUGGAGAAGCAUGUCAACGCUCAGAUGUGGAGAAAGGUGCCCCUGGCUGCUGAGAGCCCUCCCUCCCCCAGCUCUCUCACCCCUCCUCCCCCCCUUUCCUCCCCCUCCUUCCCUCCCUCCACCAACGGAGCCUUCCCCCUUGGAUCCUACUCCACAGCCUUCCCCCAGAAUGCAUCAGCAGCAGGGUUGUUUGGCAUCAGGGACCCCUCCCAGCGCCUGGCCCCUGUCUCCGCCCUAGGGAAACCCCGUAACGGCACUUCCACCAAACCCAUCAGGCCCCAAGGGGCCACUGGUGGCGCGGCCAAGAAGAGGAGGACCACCCUUCCACCUAGUUCUGACACUCUCAGGGGGAACAACAGCAGCUACCACACUCUGACUCCCACCCCCAUGCUCAGCUCUGGCGUUCCCCCCCUUAGUGGUAGGAGAAAGACCUUAGGACACAGUGCCAGUGAGGUGGGGGUCAGGGCCGAGGACUGGUACUCCAACCCUGACCCAACCACCACCACACCCUAUCCCCUCACUACGGACCACCCCAGCCCCCUGCCUCCACCCAGCCCCCUGCCUCCUCCCAGCCCCCUGGCCUACGGAGGAGGGGUGGAUGGGAGAAAGAGGAGGAGCCCCAGUGCGUACGGAGGAGGAGGGAAGCCCAGUAAGGUGACCAAAGCAGCAGGGCUGGACGGCAUCUUCAGGAGGAACAGCACUGAACUUCUGGCCUCAGGCCCCGAGUCACCUCGACAGUCCAAGUUGCAUCCUUGACAAUAACAGGAGACAUGGACAGAAUGCUGGGCAGCUGCAUGGACUAGAAUCUGUGACCUUUGACCCAAUGUCAGUAACACAGGGUCCUGCCCUCUUAACAGUGAUGUCACCCCGCCCACACAUUGAUCAGCCAAUGGGCGGUUUUGCAGCGGUAGUCUCCAUGGAUACAGGGUGGAACACUCAAAUCAAGACACUCAUCAUCACAAACUGCCCUCUGAAAAGGGAACCUGCUUUAGUUUGGCAUCUUCAUUACCGCUCUACAUGCAUUUAGACAUUUGUUGUUGUAGCUUCCUGUUCCUGUGUGGUCAGGUGACCAGGAAGGAAUUCCCAUGUCCAAAAACUUCCUCAGACAGACCUGUCUUGACAGCCCCAGCAGACCUCCCUUCCUCACCACACACACACCCUUCUCUCCAGCAUGCCAGAGUUCAAAGUGCACUUGCUCUCCUCCUCCUGGACUCCGGAGGCGACACAACAACCUGCYUGUCACACAAGGGAAGACUUUAUACCGACACUUUUUCAUGAAAUGUCUUGCAAAAUAGGAAGAAUUCAGGUUAUCGAGGAUUGUUUUUACUAUUCGUCUCAAAUGUUGCGACACAGUGUCAGGACCUACACCCUAAAUGGAAAAACGAUGGUGUUGGAUUUUUUUUUAUUUUUAUGUAUAAUAAUUUAUAAUUUCUUAAUUUUCUUACUGACCAGAGUAGAGCUACAAACGUUGAGCAAAAUUAUAUUUGUAUGUCAAUUUAAAAAGUAUUAUUAUAAUCAUAGUUAUUGUUGAAAAUGUGUACAUAUAUUUUAUUAUUUUUGUAUUUAUUAAUAGUCUCCCCUUACUAAAAGACCUGACGCUAUAGUGUUUUACCCGCCAGGUGACAUGGUUACUAUUUUUAAGGCUGCUCUGCCGGUGGUUCUCCCUUUUCACACUUCUUCCAAUGUUUCUAUAUGAUAUGUACAUUACAGAAAUGUACAUAUGGCACCAGCCAUCUUCUUUUAAUAUUGCUGCUUCCACUGCGGUGUGUUCUUCUGUCCUGUCAGUGAUGGACACGCUACAGGGACGUCACUGACAUGGGCUGCAUCUCAAUAGUCUUAAGUGGCAUCUUCUCCUCGUCUCCUCCUUCGUGUUUCCUGAUCUGAAAACGACGGUGGCGUUUGGAGCAAAUGUGGUGGUCGCCAGACAGGAAUUUGACUUCUGUCUAGCGAGUUCUUGUGAUAGGAAGUUACUUUAGAUGACUUGGAUGCGUAUUUCAGAACGGUGGCAGUGCCCCUACUGUUGCAUACUGUAGGUGGGGAAGUCUGUUCAGUGGUUGCCUGAAGGUAGAAUAAUGCUUUUUCCCAUCCUCUCUCUUGCACUUUUUCCUCAUAUGCCCAGGUCGUUAAAUCUACUUCUAUUUCUAUAGAUAUGUGCUCCCCACCAAGUAURAACUCUGGGGUGUGAAGACACGCACAAUCAAGACAAUUUCGUUUUUUUGUUUUGUAUUUGUAUUUGUAAUGAAUUUCGAAAAUGCUCUUUCGUUUUCUUUCACUUUGAAAAUGUUGACUGUUUUGUAGAUCGGCAGGAAAAAAAUCCAAUGUAUUCCUUUCUUAGAGGGAAUUGUAAGGCUGCAAAAUGCGAAGACUGUGCAAGGGGUGUGUAGACUUUCACCAGGCACUGUGUAUAUUUGUAAAGGUGAUUUGUCAACAACAGUAAAUAUGAAGACUAGGCCUGUAUUCCUUGUGACUUCAAUCCCCUCUGUAAACCAGUGUAGUGUAGGCCAGGGGUAUUCAACUCUUACCCUACGAGGUCCGGAGCCUGCUGGUUUUCUGUUCUACCUGAUCAUUAAUUGCACCCAGCUGGUGUCCCAGGUCUAAAUCAGUCCCUGAUUUAGAUGGGAACAAUGGAGAGARAAAAAAUGCAUUGGAAACUGGCUUUGAGGUCCAGAGUUGAGUUUGAAAGGUAGGCUAUCUGAAUCUCAGACAGAAUGUGUCUGUCACCAUGGCUAAGGGAAAUCACAAACACUGUGGGUCUGCCUGGUCCAGGGGGAGGUACAGUGGGGAAUGUUUCUAUGCCUGCCGUUUGUCUUCAGACCCUGCCUCUGCAGCGGUGCACACUCUUCCAGGUCCUUAGGCCCUCGCCUGCAGCACUCCAUAUUUCUAUAAGUGCUCAUAGGUGAAACUAUUGUCUCUCUUCACCAUCUCGGUCAAAUAUGCUCGCCUUCUGCAAGUGGUCAAUGUCGACAUGUAACUUUUCCCAACAUAGUAUUAGGCCUACAUAAUAUCAGUUUAUAACUCCAUCAAUUACCAGUUACUGUUCGAUCACUGAAAAUGUGUGCACUGCUCUAAUGGUUAGUCAGGUCAGGAGGCACCGAUGCCCCUCUCCGGGUCAUUUAGGUAAACAAACGGCAMGUGACUGACUCGGUAUUAUUCCUGAAUGUUAACUUUGCUUCUCCUCCCCUCGCUAUUUUUACUGCGUGUGGAACAGCAAAUAUGCCAUCUAAUUCAACUGCCUCAGAGGCCGACGCAAGUGUAUGGGGAGUAGCAGUACACUAUGGGAAGAGCUCAAUUGCAUACUGCUCGCGUCCUCGCUCCUCGUCUCCUUCUCAAAACCCAUUGGAUAAGAAAGCCAGAAGUUCCCGCCCAUCUGACCUUCUCCUCCAAUGGGUUGUGAGAAUGACGGCAGGAGAGGGGACACGAGUAGAAUGCAAUUGAUGUCUUCCCUACGUGUUGGUCUGAAAUGGCACGCUGUUUGCUGUAGUGCACUACUUCUGACCAAUGCCCUAAUAUAUAAGUGCCCUGGGCAAAACAAGGGCACUGCAUUGGGAAUACAGUGCCUAAGUAGUGCACUAUAGGGAAUGACGCAGACUUGAGUAGACUAGUGGUUCAGUGCAGUCUCCUCCUUACUACUCACCCAGGACAUGGAUGUCUCUCUGUAAGUUAGGCCUUGUUUUUGUAUUCACUGUAAAUAAAGCAGAACCAGGUUCUUGUCGAGAUCUUACUAUGAAAUAGUCACUGGUUCACCGUAUCAGUCCGCGGUGGCGUCCAUCAUGUGCUUUCUACUCCUGGGUGACUCUUUUAUCCUGUUGUCCCCGUGGUGUUUUCAACACGUUUAGAUGGGUAUUUUUAGGUUUGACUAUGUUUUGGAUUAAAAAAUUAUAUAUAAAAUCAUUUUUUUGACCUGC